AUGGAUGAACCUGAAAGUAGUAAGCCUGAAGAGGUCAAUACUGAAAUUGAUGAUCAAUUUGCUCCAGAUGGCAAGGAUGAUGUUGUUGAUGUGAAAGAAGGGUUAGCUUCCCAAACCUAUGAUAGUUUACGAAUGCUUACUAAGGAAGAUAUGUUGCAAAUGAAAUUCAAUUCAGAGGAUGAUGCUUAUACUUUCUACAAUGCAUACGCUAAGGUCAUCGGUUUUAGAGUACGAAGAAGUAGAAAAAGAAUUACUGGAGACAACAAAUUUGUAGAGAGUAGGAAAUGGAUUUGUUCAAGGGAAGGUGUAAGAGAAAAGAAAUACUUGCAACGUGUGGAACGAGUAAGAACUCCUAGGGCAGAAACUAGACUUUUUUGUAGUGCCACAUUUCGCGUGCGUUAUGACAAGACAGUUAGGAAAUAUGUUGUGACCCACUUUGUAGGGGAACACAACCAUCCCUUGGCAGCACCACACUACGUCCCUUUUCUUUGGUCGCAUAGGUUUGUAACAAGUGCAGACCAAGCUCAAGCAAAGGCCAUGCGUAAUGUGGGUAUGAAAAUGAGUCAGAUCAUGGAUUUUAUGGUCCAUCAGUCAGGGGGUUAUGAGAAGGUAGGCUUCAUUCACAGAGAUUUGCACAAUCAAUUCCAAGUUGAGCGCAAAGUAUAA